AUGGCGAACAAAGGAGAGAAGUCGGUGGUCGACCAAGGUCAGACUGUCGAGAGUGUUCUCGCUCCACCUCCGGCUCCUCCUGUUGCACCUGCUGUUGCUCCAGUGGCUCCCGCAGCACCUCCCGCAGCACCUCCCGCCGCUGUUGCGGCGUCAGCGAAUUUCAUGCCGCCUGCAGCUGCUGUCCCGCUGAGCCAGUCUCACGAGGUCUCCGCCUCUGGCGCGACACUUCCUGCCGCGCAGCCGACGAAAGUGCCGCUGCAGCAAGACCAGGCCGCUGUUGCGGGUCCUGUGCUGGGGACAGCGGUUGGGUGCCGGCCCUGGUUCUGCUCACAAUUUGACCCCCGCGGCCGCGCCUGGCGGCGUUGCGGGGGGUCAAGCGGCAUCGCAUCGGGGUCGCGGUUCUCCCCAUCGUAUCGAUCGGCGCCUCGCGGUGGGCGUGGUGGCUGGUGGGGAGGUCGCGGUCGCGGGCGCGGCGAGAUGAACGAAAUGCAGCAAUUGCGCGCAAACUUCCCGAGGAAAUUGGCUGCGGCAAUGCGUGCGGCUCUGGCAGGCGCGCCGAACACGGACGGGGCGCAGGCUCCUGCCCAUGCAGCAUCCGUCCCUACUGUUCCCGAGCGGGGUCCCCCGCCUCCAACCGCGGCUCAGGCCCCGCAAACACAGCCGUACGCGCACUUCCCUGCUCCAGCUGUUGUGCAUGCACCUCCAGCCGCCACGCGUCCUGUCUCUGCGGCUCCGUAUCCCGACUUGCCGUGGAUUCCUGCUGUGGCGGGCAUGGGAUUUGUGGGGGCGGGAGGCGGAGAGGCGAGGGGGCAGUUCAUCCCGCGUCGUCGUCUUGCUGAUGUUCCCGUUGCGCCACCUCCCCCCUCUCUUCCCGUAGUGCCCACGGCGACUCUUGGGCAGCUCUGGUAUUUGGUGAAGUGUCAGCAGUCCCUGACACUGAUUUUGGUGAAUGCACACUUUGCCAUUCUCCAGAGCCCAGGGAGCACUCUCAAUCCAUGUGAGAGAGCAGAAUGCUUGACAGCGGCUUCGCAAUCUGUCGUCCUCCUCCUACCCGUGCUGGCACCGCCCGCGACGGGAGACGUAGUGGUCUCGCAGCUGGACGAGACGGUCCAGGGUCUGACAGGACACCUCCGUGGUGGAGGCGGGAUUGAAGUUGCCGCGCACACGAGCGCUGGCGGCUCAGCGCUUACCAUUUCUGCAACAAAAUGA